AGGAAGAAGGAAGAGAAGCAGAUAUUACACGAAAAAACACACAAGAGGAAGAUUAAUUAAUAUAAACUGGUGAAACAAGGACAGAGAUAAAGAUAGAAAACAAGAGAAGAGGAAAGAAAGAAAGGGGAAGAGGGGCAGAUAUUACACACUAUAAACCAAGGAAGAGUAGUAAAUAUAAGCUUGAUAAAACAAAAGGACACAAAUAAAAGAUAAAGAUAAAGUUCAGGAAAAUAAUUACACACAAACUGGGAGGGGAAACGGUAAUAACAGGGAGAGAAAUAACGACUCCUAAAAGACGGGCGGAGAGGAAGGACUGGUAUUGGAGCGAGGGGUGAGGAGCGGAGGAGAAGGAGGAGGAGGAGGAGGAGGAGGAGGAGGAGUCAUGGAAGGGAGCUGCGUGAGGGAUGUGGUCAGACUCCUGUUGGUGCUGACGGUGCUGCUCAGUGUGUCAGGGGGCGACGUGAAGGUACGGAUCAAGGAGGUGAGGGUCCCGUCCGUAGCCUUGGAGGGGGACAUGCUGCGUCUCCACUGCGACUACGAGGACGCGUCUGGCUCCUCGCUCUACACCCUCAAGUGGUACAAGGACGGCCUCGAGUUUUACCGCCACCAGCCCGGCCUCUCGCGCCCCGACGACCACCACUGCCCCAGCGCUAACGUCCGACAGGUGGAGGGAGUCGCCGUGGACUGCUGGCAGUCGUCGGAGCGCGAGGUGGUGCUGACGGGCGUGACGCGGCGCUCCUCGGGGCUCUACGCGUGCGAGGUGAUCGGCGAGCACCCGACGUUCCACCGGGAGGCGAGGCAGGGCCACCUCACCGUCUUCUCGGAGGCCCUGAGGGAGCCCCGGGUGGAGGGGUUGAAGCAGCACUACACCCCCGGGGACGAGGUGUUCCUCAACUGCUCCUCCGGCAACACCCAGUACACCCCCGCCCUCACCUGGACCAUCAACGGCCGUGCAGCUGACCAGCGUCACCUCCUGGAACACGCUGACGGGAAGAGCCUCGGCCUGCACCUUCCCCUGAGCCGCGGCCUGCUUCGCGGCGGGGUGGUGACCGUGUCCUGCGUCGCCACCCUCGGCAGCACGCACCUCCGGGCUGCAAAUGUCACGCUGUUUGGCCGGGGCGCGCGGGUCCAGGCGGGGGCGGCCAGUGGUGCAGAUGCGUCGAGGUGGAGAGGGUGGCCGUGUGCUGUGGUGGUGGCGGUCGCUGUUAUGACCCUUCUAAAAACACACUAAUAUACGACAUUUUCGUGGCAUAUCUAUAGAGUCGUUGAAACAUUUA